UUACGCUCACUCCAGGGUGUGUGUGUGUAUGAGUGAGUGUAAGGAGAGAGAGAGAGAGAGAAAUUAAAGGAAAUUGUUGCAACAGCCUGAAGUUGCUUUGAUAUUCUGAGCGUCUGAAGUUUGAAACCUUUAAAGUGUCGGUUUGUUACUUUGUUUCUAUUCCAGUGCAGGAUCAGAUACAUUACAUUACUCCAGCUGGUUCAGCAAGCGGCCCUCACUAUGUCUGAUGGGGACUACGAUUACCUCAUCAAGUUCCUAGCCCUGGGGGAUUCUGGGGUGGGAAAGACCAGCUUCCUGUACCAGUACACGGACGGCAAGUUCAACUCUAAAUUCAUCACCACAGUGGGCAUAGACUUCAGAGAAAAGCGAGUGGUGUACAAGGCCAAUGGGCCUGAUGGUGCAGCGGGGCGGGGUCAAAGGAUACACAUCCAGCUGUGGGACACGGCCGGCCAAGAGAGGUUCAGGAGUCUGACGACGGCGUUCUUCAGAGACGCGAUGGGUUUCCUGUUGCUCUUCGAUCUGACCAACGAGCAGAGCUUCCUCAACGUCAGGAACUGGAUGUCUCAGUUGCAGAUGCAUGCGUACUGCGACAACCCCGACAUCGUUCUGUGUGGGAACAAGUGUGAUCUGGAGGACCAGCGGUUCGUCAAGGAGGACGAGGCUCGGGAGCUCGCCACGAAAUACGGGAUCCCGUACUUCGAGACGAGCGCGGCCAACGGCGAGAACGUUUCCCAGGCCGUGGAUGUCCUGCUGGAUCUCAUUAUGAAGCGCAUGGAGAGGUGCGUGGACCGAUCGUGGAUCCCUGACGGUACCAUGCGCUCCAACGGGCACAGCGGGAGCGAGAUGGUCGAACCGCCAACGCAGGAGAAGAGCAAGUGUGCCUGCUAGUGGCCAAGCAAACAUCUGAUACAAACAUCUGCUUAGAGUCGCACUUAAAACACGAGAGUGGCCACUGGUGGCCAAAUAGUGCCAUUACAUGUUCUUGUACACCUGGCCGGAUUUCAUCUUUAUGCUUUAUACAGUAAUCAGCCUUAAGGCUUUUUUUUUUUUUUUUAUUUAAGGAAUUACAAUAGAGAUUUGCACCGAUUUACUUUUAUAUUAUAAAAAAAACUAUAUUACUCUUUAAAGUUGGGUUCAUCCCAACAAAUAGAUACAAGUUCACCUGAAAUCUAAAGCCAGUGCCACUCGAUAAAACAUUCCAAGUGUCUCAGAUUAUUCAUAACCGCUGGUCUCUCGGGUGAAGCCGGGCAUUGUCUUCGUUCUUGUUGUAAAUUGCCCAAAUUUGGAUUUGAAGUCUCUGUGUGUGAGUGUGUGCGAGUGUGUGUGCAUGCCUUUUUGUGUGUUUACAGUGUUUGAUUAUGUAUUGAACUGGGUCGGGUUACACUGAGAAAGUGUGUGUGUGUGUGUGUGUGUGUUUGUGUGUCAAUCACCUUUUUAUCAGGUUGGAAAACAAAAGUUAUGAUAAAUCUGUUAAAAUUUAGAGAAAAAAAUCAGUUUUACAAUGGAUUCAUUAAAAUAAAGUAUAUAAGUAAUUAAACAAUUUUUUUUCUCCUUUUGCUCUGAACAUUAACAAAUAGAAGUCAGCCUUUAAAACACAAAAGUGUGUGUGUGUGUUGUGACACACUAGGACUUGAGGCGUACUUACAGUAUAGCGGAGGCGAUUUAACCAUCCUCAUGAGCUCAAGUGUUAACGUCGGUCAGUGUGAAGUAGUCCUCCAGUGCACCAGGAGGUGCUGUUGAAAUCGCUUGACCAUUUUGACGAGGAGAAGACUACAGACAGUUAAAGAAGACAUCAAUCGAUCUGGAUUUGCUUUGUUUGUAGAGAUCUUCUUUGCCUUUUUUAUGAUGUCAGCUAUUUCUUUAAUUACAUCAUAUACUGUAGGUUGAGUGAGCUAGCUGAACAUCAUCUAAGCAUGAGAUACGCCGCAGCCUUACCUGUCAUCUAUAGACGUUAACACAGCUUCAAGGCUAUCUCAGAUUGAUCUGGGGUCGCCACACCCUCUGUAGGCUCCGCCCCUCUUACACCCCCAAUGUUUGUUGAACUUGUUUGAUUUUGAUUUUCCUUUAAAGCUGAAUCUUGUCUCUGUCAUCGAUUUGGAGUCGCCUUAUGUUUGGGUCUUAGAUUUCUUCUUGUGAUUGGUCAGAAUUCACUCUUUCUUCGUUGCAGUGCAUUUCAUUUCCUUUUUACGUCGAUGCAAUGCUGCGCGUGUGCAGUUUUCGACAUUAUGGUAUCUUCCUGCAUCGCUUCACAAUAAGUUUGAAUCGUUCUUAUGUUCUAGUCUAGUCUGUGGCACGUGAAGUCAUUUGAGGUGAGAUGAUUUAUUUGUAGAUGACAUGUGCAACAAAAAAACAUCUUUCUUUAAAAGUUUUUUUUGUGUGUGUGUGAUCUAACACAUCACGGCGCUAAUCACAGGGUAAAUCGAGGCUUUGGAGAAAAACGCAAGCUCUGACCUGCUGUACAUUUCAUGUUACCAGGGGAAUGAUUCAUGAAUGUUUUAUAACUCGUAGCGUUUCGUUGUCAGCUUUUAGAUCGUACAUCUGUAUAAAUAUGAAAGUGUGAGUGAACUUUGUAACCCAUUUACAUAAACUCUUUUGGUGCACUAAGAUUUAGGAUGCAAUUCACACCUAAAGUGCCUAACCUAAUACACAUACCUGCAAGAAGUAAUAGACACGCAUACACACCCAUGAACCAAUACACACAUACAUAUACAUACACACAUACACAUUCAUUAUUGUGACUACUGUUGUUGCUCUUAAAACCACUAAAAGAAAAUCGUGAGUAUUAACUGUGUAUUAAAAUUUAAUCCUGUUGUUAUUAAACUCUGGGUGUCUGUUCACUUCUUGCAUCUCUGUUUAAAGUCUUUAACACUGCAUACGUGCCGAACACUGUCUCUAUGCCAAACCUUUUUUUCAGAAAAUAAAUAUAUUUUAUUAUUUAUUAAAAUGGCUUCACAAACUA